UGAGAUUAACCCGAGUUGACGCAUCUUGACAUAAUUGAUCAUUCUUAACUGUCAAAUCAGAUAUUAAUCGUUCGCAGCAGCCGAUAAUCUUUGGAUCCGGCGCCGGUGCGUACUUCUUAUUGACUUUGACUCUGAAAACCUUCAAUUUUUUUUAUUUUCCUCCGUGUCAUGACGAUAAGGAUGUAAGCGAUGCUUAGUUAUAUCUAUAUUUUAUUAUGAAUGAAAAUAAUAGAAAAAAGGACUUGCAUAAUCUCUAUGCUUUAAACUUGACAGAUCAUGCAAUUAAUUAUUCACCAUGUAAGCAAAAGUCUGCGUGCACUAGAAACGUGCAAUUUUCUUAGAAUACAAGUGACAACUUGAGCCGUUCGAUAAUUAUAUAUUUAUACAUACUCUGCGAAACUUCCCAUGCACCAACGUACCUCCCAUAGUAACGUGAAAUUUUCUUAGGAUACAAGUAAAUAGUAAUAACUAACCUGGGCCAUUUAAAGCUCAAGAGCCUUAUAAAUACCCAAGCUUGGCUAAGGCAAUUUUCACCUCUUGUUUCCUCCUUAUACAAACACAAUGCCCUCUCCUUCCAAUUUUCCCCUCCUUCUUUUCCUACUAUUCAACCUAUUCAUCCACCACCAAUCUCUCGCCGCCACCAAGAAACGAUGCCACGUGGACGACGAAAAGGGUUUACUAGCAUUCAAGUCCGGCAUAAAAUCCGACCAAUCGGGAUUGCUCAACUCAUGGAAGCGUGGUACAGAUUGCUGUAAAUGGUAUGGGAUAACAUGCAAUCCCAAAUCCAGUAACCGUGUCACUGUAAUAGAUCUCUAUGGUUGGCCCUCCGAUGGCACAAACAUCCUAGCGGGCCCCAUUUCGCCCUCACUCUCGAAACUCCACUCCUUGGAGUCUCUCAAGUUCGCCCACCUCGGAAACUUAACAGGCCCCUUCCCUGAUUUCCUCUUAGCUAUGCCAAAUAUCACCACUAUAGUCAUUUCAGAUAGCAAAUUAUCUGGUCCUAUACCUAGAAAUAUAGUCAACCUAGUCAAACUCGAAAGGUUGGAACUUGAGGGGAACCGAUUUACCGGAACUAUACCGAGCCUGGGAAAAUCGACAAGUUUAAUCCAUCUCAACCUCGGAAAUAAUCGUCUCUCCGGUGGCAUUCCGAUCAGUUUCCGGCGGUUGAGGAAGCUUAUCUGGCUGGAGUUGAGCUGGAACCAGCUCACAGGUAGUAUACCAGAUAUCUUUUCUGGAUUAACCUCUGUUGAAAUUCUUUAUCUCCAACAUAAUAAAUUUUCUGGGAAUAUUCCGAAAAGCCUAUCGUAUCUUAAACCAAUCAACGUGGAUCUCAGCCACAAUGCCCUAACAGGGCAGAUACCAGACAUUUCGUCGAACAGGUUCAAUGCAAUAAACGACCUUAACCUUUCGUGGAACCACCUCUCUGGGGUUAUCCCUGAAAAUUUUGCGAAAUUCACUCAAAUCACUGUUCUCGAUUUUUCUCACAAUGAGCUAAACGGUUCUUUACCUGAAAUGAGAUUGGAGAGAAGUAUGUACGCUUUGGAUUUGUCGUACAACAAUUACCAUUUUGGGGAAAUCCCGGAAUGGAUUGGUAAUACAUCGGCGAUGAUUCUAGGGCUUGUGAAAUGCGGGAUCAAGAUGAGGUUGAAUGAUUGGAAACCGACGGUGCUUUAUGGCAAUGUUUAUCUUUCAGAGAAUCAAUUAACAGGGAAUCCACUUCAAUUCUUGAUCAGCCAGAAUACUACUUUGAUGGGGUUUUCGGCGUUUGGUAAUAAGCUGAGAUUUGAUAUGAAACACUUGAAGCUUGGGAAGAAGAUGGUCAACUUGGAUCUUUCGAACAAUCUGGUUUAUGGAAAUGUGCCCAAGACUGUUGCGAGGCUUCAAGAGUUGAACGUCAGCCACAACCAUCUGUGCGGCGAGCUUCCGGCCACAAAGUUUCCGGCGACUGCAUUUCUUGGGAAUGACUGUCUGUGUGGAGCUCCACUACCACCCUGCAAAUCUUAAUUCAACAUAGUUUCUAGGUAA